AGCGCUCGAUGUAUCUACGCAAACCAAGCAAAAAGAAAAUUCCAGAAUUGUCGCAUAGAGCAAUGGCAGGUCAAGCUCAAACUGUAGUCCCCACUGAUGCGGAGCUGCUGCAGGCGCAGGCUGACCUGUGGCGACACAGCCUAUACUACCUGACGCCAAUGGCACUGAGGUGUGCCGUCGGGCUUGGCAUCCCCACGGCGAUCCACCGCCUUGGAGGGGCUGCCUCACCCACGGACUUGAUGUCUGCACUAUCUCUCCCAACUGCUAAGCUGCCGUUCCUUCGUCGCCUGCUGCGGCUCUUGGCAGCCUCAGGCGUGUUCAAUGUCGACAAGAGCACGGAGGAGGGGAUAUACUGCAUCAACCCCUUGUCCUACCUCUUGGUGGAUGGCAUCCCUCAUGAGGUACACAUCAACCACACGUCUUUCGUGCUCACGGCCACCUCAACACGCUACAUCGAUGCGGCAAUGGGGCUGGCUGACUGGUUCAAGAAGGAUGUGGUGACACCACCUUUCGAGGAACUGCACGCAGCAACUUUGUUCCACGAGAGUAUGGAGAGCCUUGACGCAGAUUUCCACAAGAUGGCAAAUGAAGCAUUGGAAGCCCACGACAACUUUGGGAUUCCAAUUGCGUUACGGGAGUUCCAUGACUUAUUUAAGGGGAUUCAAUCAGUAACUUACUGCUGUGGUGCCUCUGGUGAUGAUGCAUUUGCCAGGGCCCUUGUCAAGGCCUUCCCACACCUAAAGUGCACAGUGCUGGUCGAUCCCAAGAUGUUUGGCACCAAGCCGGCUGAUGGUGUCAUAAGCUAUGUUGCAGGUGACAUGUUCAACUUCGUCCCACCGGCUCAAACUGUGGUGCUAAUGCUUGUGCUGCAUUUUCUCACCGAUGAGGAUUGCGUGAAAAUCCUUGCUCAAUGCCGAAAGGCAAUUCCUUCACGAAAGGAUGGUGGAAAAGUUAUCAUUGGUGAUAUAGUGAUUGACUAUUCUCCCGGGCCAAUGUUGGAAGCUCACCUGUUAAUGGACAUUGCAAUGAUGACGAUGACUAAAGGACGGCAACGGGACGAAAAUGAAUGGCGUGAGAUUUUCAAGAAUGCAGGGUUGAGUGACUAUAAGCUUCUAAAGAAAUUUGGAGCUCGAGGUGUCUUUGAGGUCUAUCCAUAAGAUUGCACCGGGGCUUGGCAUGAUGAUGUACUAAUUAAAUAAAGGUCAUGCCUUAGAGUUUUUUAUGGAUCACAAUGCAGCUGAGUCGGCAGUAGUCUUGCAUGCUUCCUUAUGAUCCGUAGAACUUUCACUUGGAGAAGUAUCAGUGCGCAUCGGAUGAAAAUGGCAAACUAAUAUUUCCGAAACAGGUGGCAUUGGGGAUAGUUUGUUCUAUGUACCUUUUUAUUUUGUGAGUAAUGUUAAUUAUCAUAAUAUAUCGUGGCUGUAUGUUGCUUGCAAUAUAUGUACGUUCAAGACCAUAAUGAAAAUGUGCAUGCUGCCUUGCCAUCUCA